AAAGCGUCGCGGCCGGGCCGGCGCGGCGUGGCGAGGCGGGGCCGGGCGCGGCCGACAUCUUGUAUUAUUAUUAAGCUGGCUGGCGGGCCCGCGCGGGCGGGGCGGCGCCAGUGCCGCGCGCCGCUCGCGCCAGCCGCCCGCCAUGGAGCUCCUCAUCGCCGCCGUGCGCCAGUACCCCUGCCUGUGGAACACCACCGCCAUAGAAUACCGCGACCAGGAGCUGAAAGAUGCCGCCUGGACCGAGGUCAUGAAGGAAGCCGGCCUGCAAUCAGUGAAGGAAGUGAAGCUGAAAUGGAAGAAGCUGCGCGACAGCUACCGCGACGCGCUGAAGCGGCAGUCGGAGAUGCUGGCGCGCGACCCCGCGCCCGGCAAGCGCGCCUGCCCCUGGAAGUACAUGGGCCUCAUGCAGUUCCUGCAGCCGCACAUGAAUAAUAGGAAGAAGAUCCUGGACGCCACCCAGCCGGCGCCCACGGAGAACGGACAGUCCCAGAACGGCGGCGACGCCUCCAGUGAGGAGUCUUCAUCGGAGGCGGAGUCCUCGCCCAAGAGGAAGAGCGACCAGCUCACCGGCAUUGAUAGGAAGCUGGACUAUCUGUGCAAGUCAGCGAGCAAGCGGCCGUGCCUGUCCCCGGACCGGCGCGCCCCCGCCCCCGCGCCCGACCCGCUCGACAUCUUCUUCAACAGCAUGUGCCAGUCCGUCAAGCGCCUGCCCUACCCCACGCAGAUCAAGAUCAAGAAGAUCCUCUUCAACGCAGUGGUAGAAGCGGAAGAGGCUCUCCUGGCCGAACAAGCGAACUACGCGAGUCUGUGGGCCGCCGAGGCGGGGUCCAGCUCCAGCAGUGAGGCUGAGGAGGAGGACCAGAAGGCCUCCUGAAGGCGCCGCAAGCGCUGGCUGCGGUACUACGCACAACUCGCGCAGAUGCACGCGGCCAGCGCAAAAGCUUGACAGAGCUUUGGGCAGAUUAAGUUUUUAGACAGAAGGUGUGGAUGAACGAACCAAAUUAUUGAGUGUGAAAAAAAGAUAAAUGUUUGUAAUGUAAAAGGAUGUAAUCAGGUGGACCUAAAUUAUGUUAACAUAAACGUAUUACCUAUGUGAAAUUGUUCGGUUGUCUCCGAAGUAAAAAUAUGCAGCGUUCGCUGUGUGAGCUUAUUGUCUUUGAAAGUUUGACUUAGCUGCUUACCGAGCAGAAAGGUUUGAAAUAAGUACAAUAGUGUUAGUUUUAUAAUAACUUACCCAAGUAUACGUAUACUACUGAUACUUUCAAGUUAGUUAUGUUAGAAAUGAAACGUUCUUAAAUUUACUGCAUAAAUAAUGUUAACUUAUCGUAUCAUAAUGUGAAAGCUUCAUGAUUUAAAUUCGGACAUAAGUAUCGACAUAUCUUAUUUCUGUAAAUAUACCUCAAUCCUAAAUUCUACAUUUUCUUAAGUAAUUGGUGGUUAUGUAAAAAUAAUAUCUCCAUUCACUAAGGCCUAACUUAAGUUAGUUAAGUUACACAGUAAGCUAGUCUAUAAGUGGAACAUUAUAACAGCCAAAACAUCUGAAGCAAGCAAGCACUGGAUACACUAAUCAAUCAAUCAUAGCUAAUAUC